CGGUGAGGGCAUUUGCGUAUCCGCGGUUCAACACGAGCCGCGAGUAAUACCCCAGUACGCUAAUAACCCUCGCUUUACGCGAUUGACGUCGAGCUCGAUCUUGUUGUCUCGGGAAAUAAUUGUAGACGUUAGUUGUUAUACAUCCCCACGAAUAACCUUUACAACGACAUCAAAUUCCAAACUCGGUCGACAAGGAACGGCUUAUACGACCUACAUGUCGGUUCCUGUGCUCUGGCGAAAUGGAAGGGUGGCCAUUCCGUCGGGGCGAGCUCGUCAAUCGAGCUCGGUCUUUGAACCCCGGUCAUUUCAGGUCUAUCAUCUAGCUCCUAGACGGUAUUUGAGUGACUCGCGCAGCAAUCUGAAAGGACGAACUGUCAAAGCAAAGGUGAAACCGGCUUCUACCACCUCAACGACGUCCGAUGUCAGCUCCGUAGCCAACGCAACUUCUGCGACCUCUGCCGACGCUGCAACACCUGCUGCUCUGAAAAGCUCCGCAGGCCCGAAUGACGACGAUCUCUUCCGCUCACGUUGCAAUAGCAUCUGGGGUAUGCCCAAAAAACUGCCAGAUAUCCUCUUGAGACGGAGAACAGUAGCUAUAUCUGAUGAAUGGCUUGAAGUCAUGGAUGAUCUCACCUCGGCCCUCAAGCUAGUCGAUAGGAAGGUCCGGUGUGAUGUCACGGUCGCCACAGGACUUGGAUGGUUGGUCGGCUUCGUAGAAACUCCGAGCAAAGUCCCUCUGGGUCGUGAUACCUCAGAUCGUAUGCGGAUCUCCCUGGUCUGGAUAGCCAAACGGAUCGAAGAUACCGUCAAGACCGAUCAGAAAGUGAUCACCUUCAACGAGUCGGAAUUUGCAAUUUGGCGUCUGCAAAAUUUGUCCGAUGCCAAGGAAGCAGUGAACGUUCCGAUGUCGUUCACUGAUAGCAUGUCAGCCAUCGAGCAGAAACUGUCAGCCGUGCAAGAAAGGCAGCUGGCGGAGGCAAAGAGCAAAAAGGCGGCUGCAUCAGAGAAGGAAUCGUCAGUGGCAAAGGCCAGCUCGAAGAAAGCGUUACCGGAUCUGCAUCUGCAGAUGGUGCCAAUAGAACAGGAAUCGAUGGCUAUCACCCUGGAGGAGCGGCAAGUUAGUGGCUCAUCAGAAUGGGGCUCGGACGAUGACUUCCGGGCAUCGACGUCUGAUUCCGGGGAUGUCACGAGCAAGUCCGUCUCGAAGGCGUCUUCAGCCGUCAACGAACCGCAAAUUUUAGUCGCUGUGACAGCGGUGCAACCCCCCCCACCUCGGCGCGGCCCGCGAGGUUACGUCGCGAUCAGGGACUACGUACAAACUGUUUUGGCGGAGAUGACCGAUUCAGGGGACCCAAUAGCCCCUCUUGCAGCUCAGGUUGUGACACUCUUGAAAGUGCAUGUUUCACGUGCAAGCAUUAAGCCGAUAAGGCUUGCUUGUGCAGUAUUCAAGGGAGACGUGAAUACCAAAGUCCGGGGGAAGUCCACAAAACGCAGCGCGGAACUUAAUCUGCGAAUCGCCAUCGAGACGGUGAACAAGGAGAUUAAGCCUAAAGCUCGAGCCAGCGUAGAAGGCUGGCUUACCGAGAAUACGGAGGCAUUACGCGCAGCCGGCUUCAACUUUAGCGUCAUCUACGGCCCCGGUGGCAAGCCUGUACAAACAGGGUCUAGCGUCGCGGUCGAGUCGACUCCUUUCUCAUCGGGUCCGCAACAGCAGGAGGAUCCUUCGUCAGAUCCCGUCGAUACGGUACAGGAGCCUAUAGAUGAGAGCGAAAGAACUCCACCUGUAUCUAAAGCUGCCAGCAGGAAGGCCAAGAAACUAGCGUCUAGGGUCGGGGCUUCGACACGCUCCACACGUGUGGUCCGAAAAACAGCUCGAGUCAAAAGAGCUGUGACCAGGCGUAGCAAAAAGACCUCCAGUAGCCCUGUCGAUUAUGCUACUACAUCAGCGGACCAAGCGGUGGAGGUGAAAUCUUCUUCCGAUGUUCCCCCCGAACAGGUGGAAAUGAUCUCUCAGGCUGUGGAAGACGCCGAAGAAAUUCAUCGGUUGCACCGAGGGCAGCCGCGUGUCGACAACAACACUAUUGGGUCCGGGACAGGGGCCACUACACCUCGAGGCUAUGAGGCUGUCGCAAAACGAGAGAGGCGGAUCAAGCUGGCCAAAGAGGCUCAGCAGGCCGCGACUGCUCGACUACAAGCAUUAAACGCGCUUGGCAGAGUCGAACAAGAGGUCAUUCUGGAUGGCCCGACUCCUCAUCUAGUUGCCGGAUCGUUGACCAUGACGAGCGACAAGGAUGACACCCAGCCGGCCGUGCAAGUCUUGCGUCAAACCCGCUAUACGCCAUUGAAAAAGACAUCCGCGAUGACACAAACCGAGGAGGUCACACCGCUUGUCGCUGCCGCGGCAGAAAGUCUCGCACAGGCGCAAGCAGCAGCAGAACCCGCUGAGCCGCCUAUCAAGGUCGUCGAGAAAGAACUGGCGUCCGAGUUGGGACGAUCGCAAGUCCAGCGUUUGAAGGAUGUCAUUACAGUAACGGGUACCAAGCCAGCGGCACCAGCAGACGCGAUUCCUGACAAAGUCAAGGAGGCUAUACCGGUUGUCGCUGGUAAGCCCGGUCGUACGUACACCCUGAUCUAUAAUUUUCGAGGUCGAAACCUUACUGAAAGUUUAUUUGCUCUUUCACUCGACCAUCAGUGUUCAGCGGCAUCUUGAAUUCUCUGCAGUCCGCAUGGCGCUGGCUGCAGAAAGCACCGGCACCAGCAAGCA